ACAACCCUAAAUUUCCGAGUCUCAUUUUCUCAGAAGGCUCCCUCUUUUGCUCUCGUGUUUGUUCCCGAGAAAAAGUGUAAAAAAAUAAACAAAGAAAGAGAUAGAGGAAAAGAAAAGAGAAGAGAAAGAUCGGGAUCUCAACACUGCCACGCUAACCUCAAACCUGUUGUUCUCUAGUUUUUUGUUUGGAUUUACCGGGAAUCAAAGGCACAGUUAUUCUUUUGGGGAGUUUAAUUUGGUUUUCGUUUAAAGCAGCGUUCAUUUGGAUGGGAAAUUGAUGGUAAAUAUAAAAGGUAAGUUUUGGUUGAAAUAAUAGAGGAGAUGAGCAAAGAACACCCACCUGAGCCACUGGAUUUCUUCAUUUGGACUGUUGAGGAUGUUGGUAUGUGGUUGGAAGAGAUAAAUCUUGGCAGCUACCGUCAGAUUUUCAAAGAAAAUGGUGUCAAUGGGGAAUACCUGGAAGGAAUGUCUAUGUUCACAACGGAACAGAUUCUGCGAUUUAUAAGGCGGUGCCAUAUGAAGUGGGGAGACUUCAUCACACUAUGCAAGGAACUCCGACGAAUAAAAGUGGCUUGCCUAAAAGGAGAGCAAAAAGUUCGCAGGCCAUGGUGGGCUCCUCCUUGCCUUUCGGUAUUCUUUGUUAAGGUGGCGAAGCGCAACAGACAGUCGCGCAUUGUUUCCUUGAAGCUGGAGCCAUGAUGCAAAAUAUGCUUUAAUUUACUUAUAUGUAGUUUUUUUUCCUUGUCGAGUAAAAAUUACAGAAAAAAAAGACUCAACUCUGUGUUAAAAUCUGUCAGGCUUUUCUGAUAGUUCUUCCAUCAAGAACUCUUUUACGUAUGCAAAGCCUUUUUGUUUAAAAACAUACAUAUGGUAUGUGUUGAUUUUUAUAGCUGUAUCAAGAAUAUUGUUCUUUGAAGCAAAGUGGCGUUUAUGU